UUUUUUUUCAAUUUCAAAAUGGACUCUGCAGAAUCUGAACUUUUAGAAGAAGAAGAGCUCCCAGAAAUCAAAUAUAUCGACUCUGCAGAAUUCCAAAAUUUCGAUAAUAACGCUGAUCAGCGUGAAAUUCAGUUUCGAUGGAUGGAAGCAUUUGAAACAAAAGAACCAAGAUGGUUUAGGCUUCUUGACGAAUUCAUCACUCCACUUUCUGGAAAACGUGGAUAUUGUUCUCGAAUCGUCGAGAAGUACGCUCGAGUACUUCUUCAUCAAGGAUUUGAGUUGAGCCAGACGGAUGGGCCGCUUCGUGUCGCAGCAAUUGCGGCUUCGAGAGAUGUGGGACAAGCCGGAAAUCUUCCAUCAGUAUUGAACAAUUUAUCAGAAGUUACAAGACAUCUGAAUCUUGCUCAGUAUGCCAGCACAUCGCUCGCCACUGUAGGACAGAGGAAAUUCGCAAAUGAAGUCGUCCAAAAAACUGUGAAUCAAGAGCGCCUUGGUUGUUUUCACCUGUUCCUCAUUGGAUACCGCGAAGGACUCGAAAAUCUUCUCUCAAAUCAUCGACACCUGCGAAAUUUUCGAUAUAGUGCAAAAAAACGGCAUGACCUUCUGACGGAGCACAUUAAGAAUAUAUUUCAAGAGCGAGAUUCGUUUAUUCAAGCACCAGAAGCUAGCAGCUUCGCACUUCAGACGGUUCUAGAAAACUGGACAUUUCCACUUCAAAAUGAACAAAUUGUACAACUCGCCCAUGCGAAUACUCUUCAAAUGCGCGCUCUUCACGUCAAAGGAGACGGUUUUUAUUUUCUAAACGAAGCACUCAAUGUGGCUAUUGCAUUCAACUGGUCCAGCUCCCAGGAAGAAAUGGAAGAAUUCUAUUCAAUUUUUACUCCACAAGCGACAAAUCCACGUGGAAAACGAAUUUUUCAAUUUUGGAAAAUGAUUUCCAAGUACGAUAGGAGUAAUGGAAAUGCACAAGGAUUCUUGGUGACUGCUCAGCGAUUAGAAGAGGAAUCCAAGUCAGAUGAUAUUGGAGCUGGAUGUGUGACAGCUGUGGAACUUGCGUGUAAAAUUCGCAACCAGUGUGAUCAGCAUGAAGACUUAAGUAAAACCAUCAUGGAUACAAUAACCCGUCACCCAUCUCUCGGCCCCCGUAUGAUGCAAUUAGCCGAACGAUGUGGCGUUGGAUACGAAAAUGAAGAGAUUAUUCAUCAAAUCUGCGAUCGGUUCUCCUUGCAUCCUAGUGAGCCCACGUGGUUAGACUAUGUGGAGAACCUAGUUCAAACGGUCGGAAGAUUUGGAUCAGUGAAAGAGACCAUGCAGAAAUCUCUAAAAAUCAUGUUCGAAUUCCUGGAUUUUGACUCUAACCGAUUCAAUGAACGAGCAUGGAGUCUCUUUGAGAAAGUUCUGAGCCUAACUGAUCCCUCGUUUGUGGUGCCUGAAUGGAGAACAAGAUUCGACUGGUGGCCGAAAUAUCAAAGAUUAAGAGCAAAAGAUGGGCGGAAAAUGAGCAACAUGGCUACGAAAACGAGGAAUGAUGUGCUGGAAGCACUAGAAGAAUUGGUUCUCUGAACUUUGUUUUGUUAUUAUUUUUGUUGAUUUUUUGUUGUUAAUUGUUGUUAAAAUACGGGUCUUUUUUCUCAGAAUCGGUGUGAAAAAAUUUGAAUUUUUAUUA